CAACUAACGUAUGGCUGGGUAACCCAAGUGAUUAAAGUGAAUUUCUGUGGGGUCAGCUAGUUAGCCAGCCAAAAAUCGAUAGGUUGUCCCAACCGUCGAAGGAAAAACGUGUCCUCCAGCUGGAGAAACGUGCGCAGCCUGCAAAAAGGACUCACGGAGGAAAAGCCAGAGGAAAAUCUCAACCUACGCAGGGUUAUAUAACAACAUAUAUACAACACCGCCCACGCAGUUUUUCUGCAGCUAAAUCGAUAGACUAAAAACCGACAUGACGAGCUUCUAAUUGGAUUGCACGCGAGGGAUUAACCACUGGGCUUUACCACAACUACAAGUUAAUACCAGGAAUUACAGGGUAACAGCGAUGGGCAAGAAGAAGGUGCCCGUUGAGGACCUAGUGGUCCCACCGCAGGACACUCGGAUAUGCGGAACCAUAUGCAUUUGCCAGAUGACUUUGGUCCUGAGUUCCGUGGCCUUGGUUUAUCUCACGGUGGCCAUCUAUAUGCCAUCUACAAGGGCUUUCAAGAGCGGCAUCGAUCCCACGCCGGUCAUGUGCACCACCACGCGGGCGGUGAACAAGGAUAACUGCGAGUGGGGCAGCUGUGGUGAGUGGUGCUUGAGCAAAACCUCGGGAGCCUGCAUCCAAAUCUACGUGAAUCUUCGCAGCAAUGGCAGUAAUUUGAUAUUCCAAAAUUGCACCAACUCGGCGAAUAAAACAUGCUAUGGAAUAGAUCAAGAUCGGGCGGAUAAGGCAAGAUGCAUCAAUGAUGAGUGCAAGAAUCUCACGGGAACCUUCAAUUGCACCGCUGGUCAGUGCUUGAAUAUCACCGAUGCCUUCGAGUGCGUCUUCCACAACAGUGAUGCACCAGUCAAGUGUUCGGGGCGGAGAGGAAAGAUCAAUUGCAUGGAUAUUAGUGGGUUAUAUUCCUGUAGUCGAGGAACCUGUAGGAAGAUAAGAACCCCCUACAAUUGCGAUAGGCGUUGUGUGGAUAUACCAACCAGGAAUAAGAACGUGGUGGUUCUCAGCGGCGAUAAGGUCUAUCUAUCCCAAUGUCAAAAUGCCAUUAAUGCUGAGACCCUCGAGGAAGUCUGGAACGAAUCCAACGAUAAUGUGGCCAUGACAUCCUGUUACUUUAUCAAACACACCUCCGAUCAGGUGGAUGCGGUGGAUUGUAUCAAUGGUUCUACGCUAGAGCACAAUAUGCUAAGUGAUCUAACCAAUUUCACAUAUCUGAGCCACCUGCACGUCUCGGUGGCUACACCAGUUCCGGAAAUAGCACCACCCGAUGUGGAUUUGACCAUUUCCAAUGAGUCCAAGCUGAUGAUUAAUCUGGAGGGCUGUGUAAACACCCUAAUGGAUGAGUGCAAGGAGUUCCUGAAGGACUUUGGCCGAGAUGGUAGCGAUCAUAAUGCUAGGGCCAGGUUCCCCUGCUUCUAUUCACCCGGCAAAAAGGAUGUGGUGGUGGCCCGUUUCGAUCUGGAGGUCACCUAUCGCCAGUUUGUGUUCGCCUCGGUGGUGCCAUCGGUACUCUUUGUGGUCUCCUGUUCGAUCCUGAUCAUGUGCCAGACCACCGUCUAUGUGGGCGAUGAUGCCAAGAUGCGGUUCAAGGGAUGUGUGGAUACGGAGACUGUCUUGAAUAAGAACAAUGUGGGCGCACCCACCAACGGAGACAUGGGCGGGGGCGGCGGCGAUGAGGUUAUGGCCCUAUGAGAUCCGUCACGCAUUCCUCUGCUCCAGGAAGACAGUCCGACACACCAGACGGGAGUCUUCGCUUUGCAAUAAUUGGAGUUGGGCACCAGCUGAAGUCAGAAACACAAUCGAGCAACUUGAAAUUCUUUGUAAUCCUUCCAUCGAACUUUUGACACUCCAACAAACACACAGAAUACACACACAGAGACACAAAGACCACACCUCCUAAAAAGGCUUGCAAGGACACUACUGAGCUAACUGAAACUCAAGAACCGAUAUCCCAUGCGAGGCGCUUGACAUUCUCAAGAUACGACUAGAUCGACAGAUCUGAAGACAAUAUUAGUUUUAAUUUUCGACUCUUAAGUUGAGCAUUUUUUUGGGACUAGAGGGCCAGAGGCUGCAGGACUUGUAGGAUAGCUGGAGAUUUAAGGGCGGUGCGAGAGAUUAAAUUUAAACAAAUAUUUGCUAUUAUGGAACUUAGUUUUAUCUAGGAAAUAAACGCACGCACACACACCCAAAUGCACAGCAAA